GUGCGCCGGGAGCAAGGCAAGCCCAUUUGGCGUGGCACCCAGCUCGCGAUCGACGGCACAAGCGUCAACCCGGUCACCCGAACCGGCUCCGCACGGCCUGGCGCGGACACCCGCGCCAGACGUGCAAGGUUCGUCGUCGUCGGGAUCGAGGCUGGGCGCCCAGCAGCGAAGCAGCGUCUUCUUGCGCCUCGUGGCAUAGCGUUGCAGCACUGCUAUGCGCGGUUGUGUGGAUUGCUUGCUAUUGCUGCGACGCGUGCCCACGCAGCCUCCCUGUUUGAGCUCCCGCCCGCCGCUGAGGCCUGCUUCGAGGGUGAAGCGCCGGAGCUGCACGGAGUCCGUGCCGAGGAAGCCCGCCGCGUGCUCGACCGCACCAACUGGACCGCCCGCCCGACCCGGAACGACCUGCUCAACAACUUGCGCCGCGCACAAUGCGAUUUGGCGAACGGUGCCACGGCUGGCAGCAUCACGGUUCCCGCGCUUGUUCUACCCACUUCCGCGAAACCGAGUUGCGACCCGCUUUGCCAGCCCAUGCCCAGGCCAUCCUCUCGCAGUCGGGGCCGCAUUCCGCCGAUUGGCUCAUCGCCACCCCGUGCGAGGCUGGCACCGCUCUGCCGCCCGACCGCAUGCUCAAAGCGAUGCGGCGACGGCUGCGGCUGCCUUUGCCAGCCAGCCCACACAAAUGCGGCGAACAUGGCCACGGCGGUGGUGGUCUUGUUGAUGCAUACGGUGACCCCCAUGCCGCCUGCUCUCGUACAGGCUUUCCCUCUCGCAGAGCCAAGCCCCUGGAGCACGCCUGGGUGCGCGUUGCUCGUGAGGCUUUCGGACCUAAGGGCCAGGUCGUCCCGCACCGCAGGAAACUUCACUGCUUGCCAGGUGCACGGUCCGCACGAAGUCUCCGCUCCACCGCUGAUCACGACACCACGUCUCGCCGCUGCUACGGCUGCUCCCCGCGCAUAUUCUCGGCUGCUUCAGCGCACGCCGCAUCGGAUGUGGCUUGGCCCGGCAAAAAGUGCCAGAUCGCCAUAUGUGCGGGGCAUCGACUUGCAAGACAAUGCGGCCAACGUGCACCCCAGCGGGCUUGCAUGCGUUGCAAUGCUGUAG